CCCCCUGUGGCGGCUCCAGCGCAGGCACCCGCAGUUCGUGGUGCCCUGCUGCAGGCUCUGCUCUUCGGGAGUGCUUCCCAACGAGCGGAUCCGCAACAUUGGGAUCUCAGCCCACAUCGACUCGGGGAAGACGACGCUGACGGAGAGGAUCCUCUUCUACACGGGCAGGAUAGCACAGAUGCACGAGGUGAAAGGCAAGGAUGGGGUUGGAGCUGUGAUGGACUCCAUGGAGCUGGAGCGCCAGCGGGGCAUCACCAUCCAGUCUGCUGCAACAUACACCAUGUGGAAGGACACCAACAUCAACAUCAUAGACACACCAGGCCACGUGGACUUCACCAUCGAAGUGGAGCGAUCCCUGCGAGUGCUGGAUGGAGCUGUCCUGGUGCUGUGUGCUGUUGGAGGGGUGCAGUGCCAGACAAUCACUGUCAACAGGCAGAUGACACGUUACAGUGUGCCCUUCCUCACCUUCAUCAACAAGCUGGACAGGCAGGGCUCCAGCCCAGACAGAGCAGUGCAGCAGCUGAGAUCCAAGUUGAAACACAAUGCAGCUUUUGUUCAGAUUCCAAUCGGGCUGGAGGGCAACUUCAGAGGAAUUGUAGACCUGGUGGAAGAAAGAGCUAUCUACUUUGAUGGGGCACUGGGCCAGACCCUGCGCUAUGCUGAGGUCCCGGCGGAGCUGAGGGCUGAGGCUGCGGAGCGGCGCCGGGAGCUGAUCGAGUGUGUGGCCAACUCUGAUGAGCAGCUUGGGGAACUGUUUUUGGAAGAGAAGAUGCCUACAGUUGCUGAGUUAAAGCUUGCCAUCAGAAGAGCAACACUGAAGAAAUCCUUCACCCCAGUCCUGGUGGGAAGUGCUUUAAAGAACAAAGGAGUGCAGCCACUGCUGGAUGCUAUCCUGGAGUAUCUCCCCAACCCCUCAGAGGUUGAGAACUAUGCAAUUCUGAACCAGGGGGAUUCUCAGGAAGGCACCAAGUUCCUACUGAACUCUGCUCGAGAUGAUUCCCAGCCUUUCAUAGGCCUUGCUUUUAAGCUGGAGGCAGGGCGUUUUGGGCAGCUGACCUACAUCAGGGUGUACCAGGGGAUGCUGAAGAAGUCUGACUACAUCUACAACACCAGGACUGGCAAGAGGGUUCGUGUCCAGAGGCUGGUCAGGAUGCAUUCAGACACCAUGGAGGAUGUCAAUGAGGUUUAUGCAGGAGACAUCUGUGCCCUCUUUGGGAUUGACUGUGCCAGUGGGGAUACCUUCACUGAUAAAACAAGUACAGACAUCUCCAUGGAAUCAAUUCACAUUCCUGAUCCUGUCAUUUCAGUAGCCAUGAAGCCUGCCAACAAGAAUGACUUUGAUAAGUUCUCCAAAGGCCUGGGCCGCUUCACCAGGGAGGAUCCUACCUUCAGGAUCCAUUUUGAUGACGAGAGCAAGGAGACCAUCGUUUCAGGAAUGGGGGAACUGCACCUGGAGAUCUAUGCCCAGAGGAUGGAAAGAGAAUAUGGAUGCCCCUGCACCAUGGGAAAGCCAAAAGUGGCCUUCAGGGAGAGCAUCUCCUCACCUGUCCCGUUUGAAUUUACACACAAGAAGCAGACUGGUGGAGCAGGCCAGUAUGGCAAAGUCAUUGGUUUCCUUGAGCCCUUGGAGCCAGAGGACUACACGAAGCUGGAGUUUGAAGACAGAACCAUUGGCACCAAUAUUCCCAAGCAGUUUGUGCCUGCUAUUGAGAAGGGGUUCCGAGAUGCCUGUGAGAAAGGGCUGGUGUCAGGGCACAGGAUCUCGGGCGUGCGGUUCGUGCUGGAGGAUGGUGCCCAUCACAUGGUGGACUCCAACGAGAUCUCCUUCAUCAGAGCAGGAGAAGGAGCCCUAAAGCAAGCGAUGGAGGGCGCUGCUGUGCGCAUCCUGGAGCCCCUGAUGGCCGUGGAGGUGAUGGCUCCCAUCGAGUUCCAGGGCGCUGUCAUCGCGGGAGUCAACCGGCGGCACGGAGUCAUCACGGGGCAGGAUGGCGCAGGAGACUACUUCACUCUCUAUGCUGAGGUGCCACUCAAUGAUAUGUUUGGAUAUGCCACUGAGCUGAGGUCCUGCACAGAGGGAAAGGGGGAAUACACCAUGGAGUACUGCAGAUAUGCUCCCUGCUCCCCCAGUGUGCAGGAAGAAAUCAUUAACAGAUACCUGGAGGCAACAGGGAGACUCCCUGCCAAGAAGGGGAAAGCCAAGAGCUGAUGUUGAUCCUUGUGCUGACUUUGUUCCUCUUGAGUACACUUGGGACACACUUCUGCCCUAGAGGAGAAGCAGCUCUGGAGCCUCUGAAAUGCUGCUUGUGGGAAAGGUUUGCUGGACAGAUAUUAAGGAGCAGCCUGAAGAUGGCAGCUGCCACCUUCCCUUCUGCCUCUCAAGGUGUGGUUGCUCCAGCUGAGCUUGGGUUUUUUUCCACUGCCUCUCAGGGCUUUGGUUUCUCCCUACCCACAAAAUAAAAACAAUAAA